UCAUUUCUGAAGAUGUCAAAGUGUGUUGUGUAAAUCUUUUGCCGAAAGAUAUUUUGCAUAAAAAAGACGGAAAAUGGUUGUGUCAUCAGGUGGAUUAGCCCUUAAAAGAAUCUGUGUUGUCGGAGGAGGCACCGCAGGUUUCUACAUCACCCAGUAUCUCGUAAAACACUUGGAAAAUUGCCGUGUUGACAUUCUCGAGAAGUUGCCUGUUCCAUUUGGUUUGGUGCGAUUUGGGGUAGCUCCAGAUCAUCCGGAAGUGAAAAAUGUCAUCAAUACAUUCACUAAGACUGCUUCCCAUCCAGCUGUGAAAUUCCUGGGAAAUGUGGCUCUCGGGAAGGACUAUAGUUUAAGGGAUUUGAGGGAGAACUACAAUGCUGUGGUGCUGGCUUAUGGAGCAGAGUCUGACAAGGGUCUUGAUAUUUCCGUUGAUGCAGGCUUCAAGAGUAUCCUGUCUGCGAGGAAAUUUGUAGCUUGGUACAAUGGAUACCCAGGUGCUGAAAAUGCUGUAAAUUCUUGUCAUUUGCAAGGGAAAAAUGCGGCAAUUAUUGGUCAGGGAAAUGUUGCUGUAGAUGUAGCAAGGAUUCUCUUGUCUCCUGUAGAUCAGCUCAAAAAGACAGAUAUCACGGAGUAUGCUUUGGAUCUUUUAGCAUCGAGUCGUGUGGAGAAUGUGUCAAUGAUUGGCCGCAGAGGACCCCUUCAAGCUGCCUUUACAAUCAAAGAACUUAGGGAGAUGUUGAGACUUCCACAAUGUUCCACAAAGUGGCGUCCGGAAGAUUUUGAAGGCAUUCCAGAGAGUCUUACUAAAUUGGCAAGACCUAGGAAAAGACUGACAGAAUUGAUGCUGGACAGUUUAUCGAAACAGUCUUCUGUAGAAUCCUCAGGAAAGACUUUCUCGCCAAUAUUCUUUCGAUCUCCUCAAAGUGUUCACCGUGAAGGAGAGGAAUUUUUGCUGAAUUUGACGAUUAAUGAGCUCAAAGGAGAUAGUGCUGUUGCUACAGGAUCUACAGAAAGCCUUCCAACGGAUCUUCUUCUCACCAGUAUCGGAUAUACUUCUCUCAGGGAGGACUCUACGCUCAAUUUUGAUCACAGAAAGGGUGUUAUACCAAACAAAGAUGGGAGGGUAUUUAAGGAAAAUUCACAGGAAAUUGAUCCAGGGCUCUAUGUUUCAGGAUGGUUAGCCACGGGACCAACGGGAGUUAUUUUAACCACGAUGAAUAAUGCUUUUUCAGUAGGACAAAUCAUCUGUGAUGACUUUAGAGACAAGAAGAUUGUUGAGGAAACAAAACCAGGAAUUGAUCUUUCGCAGAAGGAUGUUGUUUCUUGGAAUGGAUGGGAAAAGAUUGAUCAGGAAGAAGUAAGAAGAGGAUCUAAAUCAGGAAAGCCACGUGAAAAGAUUGUAAACAUUGAGGAAAUGCUUAAAGUAGGAUUAAAUUAAAAAUGUAAUUCCAAGAACAAAUUCGUAAUAAAAGAAAGUGCUGUUAAAAUAUUCUUUGAAAAGUGGAGACAUUGGGGUAAUAUUGAAUAAAAAUAAAAAAAGUAUUUUUUACAAUUUGAUACAUACGGUAAAAAACAAUUAUUUCAUUUUAUUAUUAUUGUGUUAUUAAAAAUUAAAAGAAAAUCGUUGGUUAAAAAUAUUUGAUUUCCUUUAUUCAACUUAAAAGAUACCUUUUAGAAUAAACCAUUUUAAACAAUACAAAGCA